UAAUUAAAAUAUUAAAUUUCUACAGAUAAUUUAUGAUGUUCAGAGGUUUCGUCAGUACUGGCCGUUUAUCGAUAUGCUUACACUGAACCGCUACAAACCACGCAGCAAUGCCAUCCGCAGGGUUGCAUUUUUGGCAGUCACACCAGCUCAAUGCGCGAUAUGCCGAAUCAUCGUCCAUCACUAGCUUCUGCGCGUGUUUCAUGGCUGUAAAACGGCGAAAAAUAUUGCUAAAAACUUGCUUUUCACCCGUAAUUCGAGCACACACAGCGCCCAAAUUGUUUAAUACCCCAUCCGCAAACAAUACUUAAAGUGUUGCAACAAAGAUACAGUGGAUUAGUGCGCGUUCGAAGUGAGCAGAAUAUAAAAUGCAAAGUGUGUGCGACGACGUGCAAAAAGAAGAAAAUUUUAUACCCCGCACAAGAGACGCGCAAAAAGGCGAAAAGGCUAGACGACCAUUUCGUUUUCUUGGUCGGGACUAAUGAUAAAAAACAACAUUGCGUGCAAUUGUGAAAUCCCCUUGCAUAACGCAUACGAGUCCUGGGCGUUUAUAAACAAUUGAAACCAGGCGUAAAUUGUAUAAGUACGCCGAGGGGUGGGGGCGCCCGUCUCGUCUCGUCUCGGCCAAUCCAAACCAAUCCGCUGGGCAAAAUCUCUCGGCUCCUCGGUUUCGGUCUCUUUUUGGUUCAGUUGUGCAGCGAACUUCCGUGAAAUCGGUUGUUGUUUUAGCUACGUUCUCUCUUUGCGGUUUGCGCGCGUAAAAUUCGUCGCCCUCUAUCUCUCUCUUGUUGUUUCUGCUCUCUCGUUUCUCUCUCUGAUUCUGCCGCCUACAAUUUGUGGGAAAAUUCUACCUAAGCAGGGGUACAGCAACAACAAUAAUACGCUGAGCAGAAACAGCAACCAGAACAACGACAACAACACUAUAAAGCAGAAGAAGAGCAGCUGCGUAGAGAACAACGAAAAACGUAAAAUAAAGAGAGAGCGAGAACCGGAACGGAUUCAACGCAAACGGCAUGCAAAGCGUGUGAAUGCAGAAAAUAUGAUGGAAGCAUUGGAUCAGCAACAAGCCAAGCUAUCGUCUAAUCGUGUUGAUGGAGAAGCGGGAACAGGAUCGGAAACGGGAACAGGAGGAGGAGGAGGAGUUGCCGGUGAGGAAGACGACUUCGAGGAACUUCAUCUUGCGCUGGGCUUGGCAGAGGAGAAAAGCGAGACCCAGCAGGGGGAGAACAACAACGCCCAAGAAAAAGGCGAGGGAAAGCGGAAAAAGAGCAAAGAUGACGUGAUAGACUUAACCCUGGCAAAUGGCCAGGAUUGCCAAGACACGCCAGAGGAGGCAGACACAGAGCCAGUAGAGGAAUCUCCUAUCUAUGCAAGAGAAGACACUAACACAUCAGAGAAAGAAGCAUUUCUCUUGGUUCCAGCAGUUUCUCCUCCUAACGUAGACCUUGUGAAGCGAGAGCUGGUCGAAGAUGACCCAGAAGAGCUCCAAGAACGGUCAGGAAUCCCAAUUGAUGUUAAUUUUUUCGAUAAUAUCAAACUGAAAACGGAAGUCGAUGAUAAAGCCGAUUCCUUAAGUGAUAACGAAAUGGAGUUCUUAUCAGACAUAGAAGAGCAGCCUGUAGAAUCUCCAGAGGCAAAACAUGUGUCAUCUGCCACAGAGACGGCAGAUCGUUUUAUGCCAAAGGAGGAAGUAGAAGAAAAGUAUUUCCCCUCUGCCAAUGAAGACUCUGAAAGUGAGAACGAGGAAAAAGUGUAUACUCCGCCAGUUAUUGAUCUUGAAACGGACUCUGAAAGUGGUGAAAAAGAGUUUUUAUCCAUUAAAGAUCAUAAAAGUCCUGUUUUUGAAAAUAACGAAGUGAAGGCGGAGUCUGAGUCCCCAAAAGAUCUUUAUAAAGAUGCAGUUAGUGAGGAUAUUCCAACAACUGAGCCAGAAGUGGAUGAAACUCCAUUGCAACUUGCCGCUGACUUCCCUUUAGAGGAAUCCGAUACUGUGGAUUCUCCUUCGUUGACAAUGGAUGUGGAUCUUCCAAGCAGCGAAUAUGGAGAUGCUCCCCCUAACAUCAUUAAAAUUGAGUCGGAUUCAGAAGAUGAAGUAGUGAGCAGUGAUAGUAUCAAGUUAAAGGAACAUAAUGUAGAAAUCGUCCCACUGAUCAAACUAAACGGGGCUCAUGAAUCUUUAAAGGAAGAAAAACUGGAGGAAGAGGGGAAAGUUGAGCACGAUAAUGAACCAGAAGAGCCCAAGCAAAUGUCUGUGAUAAGAAACCACACUGGCGACAAUACAAACGUGGAGAACACUACCGCUUCCCAAGAGCCGCCGCUUUCCCUGAUCCUACCCCUUCGUACGAGCCGCAGUAGGAGCACAAGCAGCAGGAGUAGCACCGUGAGCUCUGCUUCGCAGCCCCAGCUGGUUAUAGAUCAUCCGGAGAGCGAGCACAACGCCAGGGUGCAGACGAUUAAGCUUUCCCAGAAGCGCAGGCGCAGCGAAAGUUCCUCCGUGAGCCAAUCAGAGAAGCAAGCAAAGGUAGAAGGAGACGGAUCUUCGCUGCUUUUGCAACGCCUCCAGGGGAAUCCCAAUGUUGGCCCAUCCGUUGCCCCAGUAAAGAGUCAAUUCCUAAGUUGUGCAAAGUGCAAUCUGCAGUUUGAGUUCGAAAGCUUCCAGCAGUUAAACGAGCACCAGGCCCAGUGCACCGGUAUAAGGAGCGUGAGCAUAGGCAGUUCCCAGCUGCUACAGAAGAAGGAACGCUUUUUCCGAUGCGCUCAGUGCAGUAGCGUGCAUCAGUGCUGGCACUUUUUCCUCCAUAUGCGAGAAGUUCACCAGCGCUACAUUUGUCUGUUUUGUAACCACGUGUACCCCAGCGUAGAAAAGCUUUCGUUGCAUUUGGAGAACAAGCACGACAUUGACCAAAGCCACUUUGCCAAGGAUGCGUGGGCAUUGAAUCAGAAAACGGAGGAUAGGGCGAGACAUCUCGUCUGUUGCACGUGCCAAGCCACCUUUGUGCAGGGCUCUGAGUUUGAGGAUCACGAUUGCUCUCAGCUGAUGCAGCCGUGUGCUUUGUGCAGUCAAAAGGGAUGCCAUGCCAUAGGAUGUAAGAAUAACAAACGGAAACCGGUAAAAAAGCGGAGAAAGGCGCGUAAGCCGCCGGAAUUGUCAGUGCCGCCUGUGCAACCGGUGCUACCUGUUCCACCUGUGCUGCAUUUGCUACCUGUGCCAGCUGCCCAGGAAGUGGUUGACCCAACAAUGGAGGUUAUACCGGAGCAGCCACAGUUGCAGGUCCAACCUGAACCGCAAAUCCUUCUUCCAGCAGAAAACAUUCCAGCGCCUGAGCCUAUAGAAGAACCUCCAGCGCCUCCCAUUCCCAAGUUGGUUGUGCCCAAAAUAAUGUUGCGGGUGCCCAAAGAAUUUCAGAAAUCUGUUGAUGCAGCUCUAAGUAGCACGGAUACGGAGGAUGAGGAAUUAGAAACGACGCAGCCAGUGGAAGAAGUCGCGACUGCACCUCCUGAGGAGUUACCAUUUGAGGCGCCGCCUCCUCCACCACCAGCGCUUAGCUUUGAUGACUCGACUUCGUCAAAGCUAAAUCGCGUUCUUGCUGAAUUGGAACGCACCAAGCUAGAUAUUGAACGAACCAAGGCGGAUAUAAUAACUAAAAAGCAGUCCAAGAUUAUCAUGGCUCAUGCAAUGGUAGAAAAUGUUGCGCCUCAGUUGAUAGAUCAUCCACAACAGCUACAGCCACAACCGGAGGAGCAGCGUCGAUGGUCGCUCACGCCACCUGCGUCACCUCACAAUAAUCAUGUCAACCUGCCUGAACCUCCGCCAGAUGUUAUUACUGAAUUUCAAGAUCAGCCUGAUGCAGUGCGUCGCAACAGCCUUGGAAGUGAUUGCAUGGACAUAGAUGAUAGCUUAAAUGGACCAGAGAUGGAGGACAGUAGAGAUGAUCACCCAGACGAUCAGCAAAGAACUGUAGAAGCUGAACAACCUUUACAAGAAAGUCGGCAUGAUUCUGAACAAAUUAUCAUGCAGCCACUUCCCCCUGCCGAUGGCAUUAUGGUGGCUGCUGCUGACACACCCACGGUGGAUCUGCAAUUGGAUCGUCCUCUUGAUAAAUUUCCGAUGGUUGAUUUUAUUCGUCUGUGUUUGAAAUCUGUGUAUUCAGAGUGUCUAUAUUGCAAUCAUGCUCGAAGGAUAGCUGUUAACGGAAAGCAGCUAGUGCUACAUUUAAUCAGGAAGCAUAGAUUUACGGCUACAGUGGACAGCAUCACAGCAGAGGAGUUGCACGCAGAGACGAUUGUGGCAAGGCUAAAAAGCUUUCUUCCGCACCUAGAGAACGAGUAUAUGAAUGCAGCAAGUUUUUGCAGUUUGGAAAAUGGUAAAUAUGUGGAGCCGUUCAACGAGCGAAUCUACGAGUGCUUUACCUGUCGCUUUGUGACCUCCACACACAAGGAGCUGUACACUCAUAAUAGGAGGAUGCACAUUAAGUCGAACAUAACGUGUACUAUGUGCCAGACGAACUUUUACAGCUACAGCGAGAUUCUGUGUCACAUUUGUCCGGGAGAAGUGGCCGGUAGUGUAUAUGACUUGCAGUUCCGGUGCUGCCUGUGUGAGAUGGCUCCAUUGCCAUCGGCCUUUAGGUUGAUGGUGCAUCUUAGGAAACAGCAUCAGGCAUGUGACAUCUGUCUGGAGGAUUGCCAAAGCCAAGCGAAGCUGUCUUCGCAUGUGUGGAAGCACAAGCUACUGCAUUUGUGUUAUCGCUGUGGUAUCGCCUAUCGUAACAAGCAAGACAUCUCAAAGCAUUUGUUCUGGAAGCACGGGACAGAGAGUGCAAGCUGCAAGCAAUGUCAACAGAAGCGCUGGCGCCAUGUCUACCACUUUUGUGUGCCACCCGGCCAGUUUCCAUGUGAGCAGUGUGGCUUCAUCUUCAGCAAGGCCAUUUACCUGGAAGUGCACCAAAGGAUGCAUUCAGGAGAUUUCCGCUAUGCAUGUACGGAGGAGGGCUGCGAAGAAAAGUUUGUGUCACGCAAGCUUUUGCUGAAGCACGCCAGCAAUCAUGUGAUAAAGGAACUACUCCCAGCACCUUCACAGGAGCCAGCGAAUGAUACUAUUACCCCUGAAAAUCUAGAGGAGAUCAAACAGGAAGUGAAUGAGGAGGAGGAAACAAAAAAUAGAAAUCAAAAUGGAGAAAAAUUGUUGUCUGAAUCGGAAAACAAUACAGAGUCUACAAAGAAAGAAGAAUCUGAUAACAAGGAGUCUAUUAAGGAACAGACAGGAAGUAAAUCUGAGAGUCGCAAGCGGCGCAAAAAGUCCAAGCGCAACAAGGAAUCCUUAGAGGAUCUUAAUCUCAUCGCACCCAAUCUGUCGGAGUCGGAUAGCAGUGAUGACAGCGAUUCAGAUGCAGCGAGAAGCAGCCACCAGGAGCAGCCUGUGCUGCCAAUGCGAUCCUCUGUGGAUGAUUUGGAUAUGCCCAAGGUGAUGUUGUCACCAUCCUCGGAAAGUGAUGCCGACGACCUAGAAGGCAAACCUAAACUGGAGAAAAAGGAAAAAUCUUUAGAGGCCACUAGUGAAGAAAAGGAGCUUGAUGCGAGCAAAGCCGACGAGGAAUCGGAUCCCAAAAAGGAUGUAGAGCAAGUAGAUGUAUCGAUUUGGAAAAACCUACUCCAAAAUCAGUCGAUAAAUCCGGAAGAUCAAGCAGUUAAGGAGGAGAAAAGUGUGGACGACCAGCCGCCUGCUAAGCUUCAUGUUGCCUGGUCCGAUCACGAUUACUGCAAGUUGCACCGCACUCCACCACCAUCGCCUGUAAAACCAAAAUCCAUCACCAAGUCAUUAACCAAAACGCCUGGUCAGAAUGCCUCUAGCGAUAGCGACAGUUCCAGCAGUUCCAGCUCCUCAGAUUCAGAUUCUUCUAGUUGUUCCUGUGGCUCUAACUGCAGCUGUAGUUCCAGCAACAGUAGUAGUUCUAGCGAUGACUCUGACGACUCAGAUAGCUCCAAUGCUCGAGGAUCGCCGCAGAAACGUGCUCGCAAGAAAUCUCUAAAGCUUAAGAAGAGUUCAGAGUCACUCAAAAACGGACAGCAAAAUGAUCAAAAUUUGGAGGAGGACGUUAAUGUGACUGCCGUAAAUGAGAAUAAUAUUACCGCUUCUCCGCCUUCGCCAAAACCACCCAUGUACAAUGAGUCGGAUUUCGAUACAGCUUUCUCGGAUACAGAUGAAGAGUUCUAUGACUCCCAUCCGCAAAAACUGGCUAAUGAACUAUUGGCACAAAAGCGCGAAGCUCUCAUGGCAGAGCAUGCUCCACUGCGUCCUAGCAACAAUUACGAUAUUGUGGAGAACAGUCGACCUUCAACUCCUUCUCUUCCGGAGGAGGCAUCUGCUUUUGCGGACAAACGGGAGAGGGUGAGAAACAAGAAAAAGAAGCGGGAACGAAAGUCUACGUGUAAGUCUGGCAAGUUGCCACCGAUGGCUAGUACACCCCUACCAACUGAAAGGUUACCCGGAAUGGCUGCAAUGUCUGGAAUAAUACCCCCCCUGGAGCCACCUACCCCUAUACCUUCUCACCAAGAAUCUUCUCUAUUUCCGGUUACUCCAUUAACCCAUCGCCAUUUGCAGUCUUCGUUGACUAGAAUGAGUGAGGGAAGUAGCUGCUCCGACGCCGAUGGCCAACUAAAGCGCUCAAAACGGCAGCGAAGACCCAAUAAGUUUUAUGGUUAUACAAGUGAUGAUGAAAACAUGAGCACCAUUCUUGCGCCACCGCUUCAGGUGGGAAUGCAACUCAUUAAACCGCAGCCACCACCACAGUUGACCUGGGCUAAGGAGGAUCUGCCCACACCGCCAAAACAGCGCAAUAGAAAUAACAACAAUAAUAGUCACCACCAUCAUUCGCAUAGCAAUGGUGGAACAUCAUUGUCAGGAUCAUCGCGAAAGAGGAGUAAGCAGCGAUCGCUGUUGGGUGCAGGUGGGUCUCGCUCAGCAAAGCGCCACAAGCCCGACCGAGAGGAUCACUUGCCACCUAUUCCGACUUUAAAGAUCCGGCCUAGCCUGUUGCCUACCACUGCUCCGCCGACGGAUAGCAGCGACAGCAGUUCAGAUGAAGAGGAUACGGAAGUAAAUGUGACCAGUUUGGUAGCUACACCACAACCCGCACCUCCUCCUGUUCUGCCACCACCUCUGUCGGUGGCCUUGCCAGUUCAACCACCACCACCACCGCCGCCUGCGGCCACUGCUUUCAAUCAGCCUAUUCCACCUGCCCUGCUGCCUAAUCCUGGAUUCGCUACGCUGCAGUACUUUAAGGCCAACAACAUUCGAUACCCCAUUCGUCCGCCGGCGGGAGCACGUCUCGCUCGCGAAGGGGAAUCCGUUUACUGUUACUGUCGCUGUCCGUACGACGAGGUCUCCGAGAUGAUAGCAUGCGACGGUGACAAUUGUCUGAUCGAGUGGUUCCACUUUGAGUGCGUUGGUAUUAUGGUGGCGCCGCAGGGCAAGUGGUUCUGCGCCGAGUGCAGACCGAAGUACUCGGAGGGCAUCUAUCAGGGCGCUAAGGCCUGAAAGGGAACGGCUUAACUGCAUCAUUGGUUCCUCCUACCACAAACGGAAAUCAACUAACUACAAACCCCACUACAGAAUGGAUUACGCUUAUUAAUUAAUAAAAAAUGUAGUUGCUUAUUCUUGGCGAUCGGCUUAGAAGGAGAUAUAUAUAACUUAUCUGAACUACUAUAAAAAAAACCAUAUAAAACUUUUAGAGUAAUAAAGAAACAUAUUUGUAAAAAUUGAGGGCAGAAUGUAACCCUAGGCUCAAAGUAGCUCUCAGGUGAGAGCUUAAGCUAGGCUAAUGAUAAUAUAAAUAUCUGCAACAAGCUUAUCAAUUAUAAAUAUAUUUCUAUAUUCAAUUAAAUUUUAUGUAAAUAUCGAUGGUUGCAUAUUUCGUAUGCACUUUGUAAAAUAUUUAGAUUACGCGAGAGAUACCAUAAACACUUAGGAAAUAGGGUAUACACUUAUAAAUAGCAGUCCCCAAGUAUAGUAUAUAACUAAAUCUACAUAUAUAUACAUGUAAUGACUAUGAUUAGAACACAAACAAAUCGAAAGCCAGCUGCAAAUCGGAAUGCAAUGGAUUAUGAGAAAAUAAACAUGCAACAUUGUGAGACGUAUACAACAAAAA